AUGUUCACUCGCGUCUCGAUCGUUGCUGCUCUCGCUGCCUCUGCCUCCGCGUUCUCCCCUGCUCCCGUCGUCACUGGCAAGGGACUCAGGACCCGAUCGUGCGAUGUGACCAUGCAGAUGGACCGUCGCGCCAUGGUCAAGGGAGUUGCUGCCGCGGUUGUUGCCGCCCCCGCUGCUGCCUUUGCUUCCAUCGGAGACUCUCCCAAGCAGAGCUACUUCGGUGCUGGCGCCAUGUCCGCUCCCUUCGGUGACGUCUACGGCCUCACCGGCCCCGGCAUCUGGUCCAAGAUGAACGACACUGAGCGUGGAAUCUACGAGCGCAUCCUCGGAGACAGCAAGAAGCGCCUCCAGUCCGUCGAGGACUACAUCAACAACAACGAGUGGGAUCGCUCUCGCACCGCCCUCCGCCUCGGAAUGUACGAGACCCGCAAGGCCAUGAUCCGCAUCAACGAGGCCUCUGGAUCCCAGGAGGCUAAGGAUUUGUUCGCCAAGUUCAAGCGCCAGCUCGAGGCCACCGACUUCGCCCUCGCUAAGAAGGACGGAGCUCUUGCGUUCAAGCUCCGUGCCGCCACCGAGGUCACCUUCUCCCAGUGGCUCGCUUCCGUCGGCCUCUAAACGCUCCAUGUAUUCUUGUGCUGAUGCACCCCAAACCAAAAAAAAUCUCUCAAAACUUCAAAAAAACUAGAAAAUAAAAUAUUUGCUCAACAUC